UGUGAAUAAGUAGGACAUACAGAAUUAAGAAAAAAUUGGACUAAAGAAUGAAAUGGGAGAAAAUUCUCUCAAAGAUGUAACAAAUCAAAACGACUUAGUUAGUUAAUGACUCCAUUUAUCGAUUAUAUCAACAUUACGCUCUCUCAUCAUGAAAGAUGCAAUCUUUAAAGACCUGAUGUCGAGUUCUGAGUUGGGUAAAACUAGGUAAAGUUGAAAAGGAAAAUAUGUUAGAGUAGAAGUUAAUUAUGUGGAGAAUUAAUUGAUGUUUGUCGAUAUUUUACUCUACCCAAAACCUAUUCUUAGCUUUCACGAGAUGAUCUUCUUAGUGUUAAAUACGGAAACAUGCACAUGGUGUUAUAUCAUCAUGAUGACUUUCCCUCUGCUCCUUUUAAGAAACUGUUUACUUUCUUUCUUUUUCUCUUCUUCAGGGAUUAUGUCAUAAUCAUUGGACUUGGAGUCUCUGUUUUCUCAUUAUGUAUAUGAUAUCGGUUCUCACUGACAUCUGUAGGUACUGGGAAUUCAGCUUUCUGGGCAUUUAUUAAAUCAGUUGUUUUGAUUCUUUUGAAUGAUUUCUGGUUAGCUGAGGUAGUUUCGCAUCUGGGUUUUCUGUAAAAAUGAAUAAUUUUAGAGUUUUUGAGCUUUUACUUGGUUUUAUAGUGUUUAUGCUAUCUCGGUUCUGUUCGAGUAAGGAGUGUACAAAUUCUCCAACCCAACUCUCAUCACAUACUCUUCGAUACGAGCUUUCAAUAUCCAAGAGUGAGAGUUGGGGAAAAGAGAUGUUCUCACACAACCAUUUGACACCAUCAGACGAUUCAGCUUGGUCAAACUUGCUUUCCAGAAAGAUUUUGAGGGAAGAAGACGAAGUUGAGUGGACAAUGAUGUACCGGCAACUAAAAAAAUCAGGUCUUAAUGACGGCCCAGGGAAUUUUCUCAAGGAAAUUUCUUUGCAUGAUGUUAGAUUGAAUCCUGCUUCGACGCAUGGGGUGGCACAGCAAACGAAUUUGGAGUAUCUGUUGAUACUAGAUGUGGAUAACCUAGUUUGGAGCUUUAGAAAGACAGCAGGUUUGGCAACUCCUGGAACGCCAUACUCAGGCUGGGAGGACCCAAAAGUUGAGCUACGGGGUCAUUUUGUAGGGCAUUUCUUGAGUGCAACAGCACAAAUGUGGGCAAGCACACAUAAUGAUACUCUCAAACAAAAAAUGUCUGCUGUAGUGUCCUAUCUAUCUGAAUGUCAGGAGAAAUUAGGGACUGGAUAUCUUUCUGCUUUUCCAUCUGAGCUAUUUGAUCGUUUUGAGGCCAUAAAACCUGUCUGGGCUCCUUAUUACACCAUUCACAAGAUUCUAGCAGGUCUACUGGAUCAAUAUACAUUAGCUGGUAAUGAUCAAGCUUUCAAGAUGAUGACUUGGAUGGUUGACUACUUUUACAAGCGUGUUCAAAAUGUGGUCUCCAAAUACACAGUAGAAAGACACUACCAGACACUCAAUGAAGAAACUGGUGGCAUGAACGAUGUGCUGUAUAGACUGUACAGCAUAACGGCAAAUCCAAAGCAUUUAUUGUUGGCUCACCUAUUUGAUAAACCAUGCUUCUUAGGCUUGCUGGCAGUUCAGGCGGAUGACAUAUCUGGUUUUCAUGCCAAUACACAUAUCCCAAUUGUGAUUGGUUCUCAAUUGCGGUAUGAAAUCACUGGUGAUCCACUUUAUAAGGACAUUGGAACAUUCUUCAUGGAGGUCGUGAACUCAUCUCAUAGCUAUGCAACUGGAGGAACAUCAGUUAGCGAGUUCUGGUCUGAUCCCAAGAGAUUGGCAAACACUCUACAAACUGAGAAUGAAGAGUCAUGCACAACUUACAACAUGCUAAAGGUCUCUCGUCAUCUGUUUAGGUGGACUAAAGAAAUGGCAUAUGCAGACUACUAUGAGAGGGCUCUUACAAAUGGUGUGCUAGGAAUCCAACGAGGAACAGAACCAGGAGUAAUGAUUUACAUGCUACCACUAGGUCGUGGAGUUUCCAAGAGCAAAAGCUACCACGGAUGGGGAAAGCCAUUUGAGUCAUUCUGGUGCUGCUAUGGAACAGGAAUUGAAUCAUUUUCAAAGCUAGGAGACUCAAUAUAUUUUGAAGAAGAUGGACAAGUUCCUGGUAUUUAUGUUAUCCAAUACAUACCAAAUUCCCUUGACUGGAAACUUGGAAAAGUUGUGCUUGAUCAGAAAGUUGAUCAAGUUAACUCAUGGGAUCCUCGCCUUCGAGUGACUUUCACUAUUUCUUCAGGGGAGUCAGGAAAAUCACUGACAUUAAACUUGCGAGUUCCAAGUUGGACACACUUAAGUGGUGCAAAGGCAAAGUUAAAUGCUAAAGAAAUUUCUUUACCAGCUCCAGGUAAUUUUCUUUCAAUCACUAAGAAUUGGAACCCUGGUGACACAGUCACACUUGACCUUCCAAUUACUCUAAGAACAGAUCCCAUUAAAGAUGAUCGGCCUGAGUACGUUUCAAUACAGGCGAUUCUUUAUGGCCCUUAUCUGCUUGCAGCUCAUAGCAGUGGUGAUUGGGACAUAAAAACUGGAUCGACUAGCUUUCCUUCAGAUUGGAUAACUCCAAUUCCUUCCUCUUACAGUGAUUAUCUGGUGUCUUUCACCCAAGACCUUGAAGACUCAACUCUCGUCUUAACAAACUCAAACAAUUCAAUCACUAUGGAGAAACUUCCUGAACCUGGGACAGAUUCUUCUCUUAAAGCUACUUUCAGGCUUAUCUUAACAGACUCACCUUCUUCAGACUUAUCCACAACCAAGGACAUCUUUGGAAAAUCAGUAAUGCUGGAGCCAUUUGAUUUUCCUGGCAUGAUUGUAGUGCAGCAAGGAGAAGACAAAGACCUCACAGUGACAGAUGCCUCAACUGACAAAGGUUCAUCAAUUUUUCGGGUUGUUUCAGGAUUGGACGGAAGAAAUGAGUCAGUAUCUUUGGAAUCUGAAAGCAAGAAAGGUUGCUUUGUGUAUAGUGUGAAUAAUGAGGCAGGUGGGAGAUUGAAGCUAGGCUGCAACUUGAGGAGCUCUUCAAGUACUGGAGCCAGCUUUGCAAUCAAUGAAGGACUCACCAAGUACCAUCCUAUCAGCUUUGUGGCUAAAGGGGCAUCAAGGAAUUACCUUUUGUCUCCAUUGUUUAGCUUUAGAGAUGAAUCUUACACUGUUUAUUUCAACAUUACAACUUAGAUCAUAAUAAUACUAGACAUAAAAACUAGCCAUUGCAGGCAGUUGUUUAUUGAAAGAAAGCCCUGAAAUAACUAGCAUUUAAUUUUCAGUCGUAAAUAUAAAUAUAUAUAAUUUAUAUUUCUGCUUGAUGCAAGUUCUGAAAAGAUUAGUGUUUGUAAUGAACAAGUUGUAGUUGAGGAUUUGGUGGUUGGUAAUGGUGAACCAUGGAUAGGAAUACUGUUGUACUAAAAAAAAUUACUUUUUUUUUUUUUUUUCAA